AUGGAUCUUUCGGUUCUAUCAAGUUUGGAAGGGUGGGAUAAGUCCAAGUUCGAAGCUUACGCUAAGCUCCUACGACUGAAGAAUGGCGGGCAGAUUGAAGAAGCCUCGGAUUCUACUGAGAGAGCACACGAGCAGGAGAUCUCUGACCCAGAUAGCCCGGACUCUGUCAACGUGAAGCCACUGUCACGGUUCGACGAGACCAAGCUCAAGAGAUCUUUUCUCGACAGACUAUCCGAGCUUGUUGCUAAUGAGAAAGGAGGCCAUUAUGUCUCAGCGUCUUUGAUGGUCGAGUGGCCGGAUAGAGUCGACGUCCUCGUGGCGAGAAACACUGGAUUCAGGAAGAACAACCCGAGUGUUCAACUCCUCGAGACCAUAGCCUCCAGCCUGCGGGGCAUUUCUAAGCUUGAUCGCCGAGAUCUAACUGCCAUCUAUACCAUGCAAGAGCUUUGGGCUUUAUUGAUACGAUCGUACGAGCCCCGGAUAAGAGUUUAUAUUAGUGAAGUGAGACAAGCUUUCAAAAGGACCAAGAUACCCGCCGAUGCGUCUUCACCUCUUCUGUUGCGUCUUGAGGACUUUCGAGCCCUGGUAAGUGAUAUACCGCGUGUAUCGACACAAGCUGGUCUCGAGGAAGCAGUUCACGGCGCAUACGAAAUCUGCUGCUUCCAUAAUGAGGAAGAGUUUGAGCGUAUUACUUCCCAUGCAUCCGACGCCAGAUCACUCAGAAGCGCUCUUAGAUUUCUAAGCAGGCUGAAGACGUGCUUCAAGACGUUUAUCCGAGGGGCAGAAAGGCUUUCGAACUUCCACAACCUCCGCAUUAUCCCAGUGACAAUUUUGCCCGUCCGCGGAGCCAAAGCAAAGGGAAAUCGUGCAGGCGACUGGUCGGUAGCGAUGGCAUUCUCAUCUCUAGGCCUGAGUCUGGAUGAUAAAACCGUGAAAUCUGUCUUUGGGAGUGGGAAAAAGAGGGGAGCCUGGACUAAGAACAAAUUGCUGCUGAAGUUCGACAGGCUGAAGUCGUCCGUCUCCGAGGUACACGCAGAAGUACAGGUUGCCCUGGCUGCAACACGGGAUGAAUAUAAAGGAGCCUCUGUUUUCAAAUAUGUGGGUUGCAGCAAGAGAAGCUGCUUCUUAUGCUACAGAUUCGCCUUGAGAUACGGCCAGUUCAUAACAAGAGGUUGUCAUGGCAAGAUCUACGAUCUCUGGACCCUGCCCCAGGUUCCAUGGCUUGUCGAGGAAGAACGCCUGAGACUCGUGCAGAUCCUUGGAGGUAUGGAGAAAGAUAUGAGGAAUUCCAUCCUGAAUAAGACCAUCAGCAUCCCUCCUACCCAGGAAUCCAGCAUUGGAGGCUCCUCGCAUGCAACCAUACGACCACAUUUUGACAAUCCUUACACAAUGUCACUCGUCUCGCAGCACCUCCAAGCUCAACGUACUUCGCUUGGUCCCGAAGAGACUGUUGGAAGUGAGGAUCAAGAUGAUACUUAUGAGCCAAUGCAGGAUCACUCAGCAGCACCAAUGCCAACGUCUAUACCAGCACCAGGUGAAUGCCAGGGCUGUGAGCGAGAAACCUACCGCCGUUGUAAGCACUGUGACCGGGGUUGGUUUUGCAGCCAAAGGUGUCAAGAACGGAUGUCUCUAAGUCACCUUGCGAAAUGUUCUGCUCGCCCCAUAACAACAGCAGACUUGCUGUUCGAUGAUGCAGUAAAAGAUCAGUUUCCAAAAGAUGAACAGACCCGUGAGGACUUUGGAUUCAGUCGGUGUUCCCAUCACAGAGAGGAAUCGCACCUCUUGGGCCUGUACAGGGGGUUUCUUCUUUUGCGAGACCCCAAAAUUGACCCGGUCAAGCUGCACGAAUGGCAAAGAAAAGGCCUACUUGUCAGAAAGAUCAUUGAAAAGUUUUCCACAAUCCCCGAGAGCAGUAGGGGGUCUUACUUCUCGUGGUUCCUCCGAAAUCAACAUAUUCUCGACCCAGCGUCAUCGUCUCAGCCUGAUAGCCAGGUGAAUCCACUCCAGCGAGCUCUCCAUGCCGCAAACCCCUACCUCGAACCUGAAGAUCGUGGGAAAGACCUCCUCCAGCUCGAACCCGCGGAGAAAAGGUAUGCCUUCGUUCUUUAUACGCUAGCUCUGGAUGGCGGAAGCCCCAACCCAAACUGGGCAGAGCUCGAUCUGUGGUAUGACUUUGGCUUUGUCGUCUGUACCGACGAGCAUUAUGAAGGGAGUCUCGGGGCUCUAUACAGUAAACUACUGGGUGGCAAUAAAUUUUUCAGGGACUAUGAUGAAAGUCUUGGGGUCAAGCGUAGCAGAGCUGCCGACUCAUCUACCUGCCCUUUUGACGAGUUCUGGCGCGCAUGGCAAAAUGGGAAAGCCGCAGAGCUGUUCGACAAGUACGGCAUGGGAGGUGACCUAGAUCGGAAUACAUGGUUUGGCCUCUGGGGAAACUCCGGUUUUUCUCAUCUAAGGGAAUUUCUGUCCUACCCAGUGUCAAAACAUGGACUACGACCUUCAGUAUGGAGACUCAAGCACCUUCUGGCCUUGGACGACAAUACACCCUUGGUGAACUUCCCCCAAAUCGAAGCAGCUGCUCAGGAGUAUGGAUUCACGCCGCAGCUAGACGCAAGAACAAAGCUCGAACUACGCCGGUUCUACAAACAGUUGCUGGCAGCGGGAGAUCCCCUCGAGGUCCACAGGGCAAAAGAACACGGUGAGCUGCUACGGUACGCGCAGAGCACUGUCAAGGAUAUUGACAAUUCUGUGCGAGAUGUGUUGCGGAAGAUGGAUUCAAUGCGGGGAUAA